CCCCGCACCCCUUGCCGCGCUCGCCGGCCCGCCCCCCCUCCGGUGCCCCGCGACCCCGCUGUGCCGCCCGGGCCGGGGUGGCGGCCGGGGCAGGAGCGGGGCCCGGGCACCUCCUUCUCUCGUGCCCCAGGACCGGGCCCCCCGCGCCCUGCCCCGUGCGGGGGGCGGCACCCGAGCGCCCCGGCCCGAGCUGGGGGACGGGGUGCGGGUCGGGGCGAGGGGGCCGCGGUGCUGCUGGCCCUGGGGGUGUCGGGUCCGGCCCUGGGGGUGUCGGGCUCCCCAGUGUCGGCCCCGGCGGGGCUCAGGUCAGGGGGUGUCGGGUCCGUGAUGCUGCCCGCUCCGGUUGGGUCUCGGGGUCCCCCCACGUGCAGUUCUGGGGGUCUCGGGGUCCCCCAAGCUGCCACCUGUCUUUGGGUUUCGGGGUCCCUCGGCUCCUGGCUCUGGGGAGGGCCCCCCAAGGCCCUGCACCCCCUACUUCCCCUCGGCCUCCUUCUCCCGGGCUCUUCUUCCGCUCAGCUCUGCGUCAACCUCCAGCCCAAGGACCUUGACCCCCUCGCAGGGGACCGAGCCCCCCGGGGACUCCAGGCCCCCGAGCUCGCCCGUGGCCAGGCAGGUGCUUUUGCUCACAUUGAGCUUGGCCCCUGCUGCCGCUUCGUAGACCUGUGUGUGCCACAGGGAUCUUCCUCCUGAACACUUAUUCUGGCACAGGACGUUCAAGUCAUCCAUGUAGGCCGGGACCCUGGUCUCUUCCUUGCCUCCUCCAGGGAUCUGGACGCCGCGCAAGAGGAACCAGUCCAACGCCAGGAGAUCCGGGGGCAGGAGGUGAUGCAGGCCAUGCAGCUCCCGCCUGAGACCGAGUUUCCCACAAAGACCCCACAGCUGGCAUCGGGGCACGACCUCCCCACCCCAGAGACCCAGCUGGCAUCAAGGCUUCAGGGGCCUUUGCAGCCUGGAAGCCGAGGGGCCGCCGGAGGUUUUCAGCCUCCUGCAAGAGCUCGGCCAGCGCUGGCUGGAGCCGCAGCGCCGCAGCAAGGAGCAGAUGCUGGAGUUGGUGGUGCUGGAGCAGUUCCUGGCCAUCCUGCCCCGGGAGAUGCGGAGCUGGGAGUCAGGGCACGGUGUGGAGACCUGCACCGAGGCCGAGGCCCUGGCUGAGGAGGAAGAUUGAAAAACCCCAGGGAGUUCUGGUGUCUGUCUGGAAGCGUGGGUCCAAAUCCAUCCCCUGGCACUUGCUUUUGGCUGGCCACUCACACUUCUGCAUGCCAGCCUCCUCCAGCAAGCUUAGCAACACCAGCAGCUUGGCUGCUCGUGCUCUGGUGGCUUGCCCCUUGAGAGCUGUGGCCACAUUUCCUCCGGUGCAGCACUGGAAGUGGGUCGGGGCGUCCAGGGCACCCUCCUCUCCCGCUGGAAGCCUCCCCACACUUGUGCUGAAGGUCUCGGUGGUGGGGAGUGCUGCCAGGACAAAUGCCGGAGCCCCGGGCAGUUCCACCACCAGCAAAACCAUCCCAGAGUCCAAGGUGCAGAAGCACUCGGAGCGAGAGGGCAAGAAAGUGAUGAGUACCCUUGAAACUAUAACACAGCAGAGCAGCACUGAGGAGGAGCCCCAGCACCUGGAGAGCCCUGCCCUCUCCGGCACACCCAGGAGGGACUGUUGGAAAAGACACUCCCAGGGACACCAGGGGGAAAGCAGAAGGCAGAAGCAGAGGAGACCUCUACCUGCUCUUGUGUUGGGCAGGAUCGUCCUGCUUUGCUGCAUAGGACUCCCGGUGCCCAGAGUUCAUCUGCAAGAGAGGCGGCCCUGGAGCCUGGAUGCUGUCGGGAGGCACCGUGAGUGAGUGCAGGGAGAGCAAGAGCCCAGGCCCCCGGCUGGAGUGAGGCCUUUCCUGGGGAGACGGUGGAUGCUGUGCUGGAGCCCGUGGCAGCCGUGGGCCUUCCCUGCGCAGCCUGAAGUGAAGCUGAAGGAGCAGGACCCAGGAGAUCUCCAGGCAGGAGCUGAGGGGGAGAGCAAAUCCCUUUUGUGGUCCAGACUGGGACCAGGGUGAGGAGGGUUUCCCCAAGGUGGUCAGCACCUUGGCCAAUAAAGCAGGAGGAGUCGGUCCAACGCCAGGAGAUCCAGGGACAGGAGGUGAUGCAGGCCAUGCGGCCCCCGCCUGAGACCAAGAUUCCCUUAGAGACCCCACAGCUGGGGUACGACCUCCCCACCCCAGAGACCUGGCGCCAGCGUUUCCGGGGCUUCUGCUACAUGGAAACCAUGGGGCCGCAGGAGGUUUGCAGCCGCCUGUGGGAGUUCGCCCUGCGCUGGCUGGAGCCCCAGCGCCGCAGCAAGGAGCAGAUGCUGGAGCUGGUGGUGCUGGAGCAGUUCCUGGCCAUCCUGCCCCGGGAGAUGCAGAGCUGGCAGUGGGGGCAUGGUGUGGAGACCUGCGCUGAGGCCGUGACCCUGGCCAAGGGGUUUAAGCUGGGGCAGAAGGAGGAGAAGCUGCAGGUCAUAGUGAGUGUAAAAGCCGAGGAGGUGUCCUCAGACAAUAUGCAUCCCGCUGCGGCAUCACAGGAACCUGGUGAUUCCUGGCCAGUGCAGCCAAAGGCCGAAUGUGUGGACAGGCCUUUGGAGGACUCAGGAGAGAGGGAAACACCGGGGCCCCUGGACAAGCCACUUCAGGUCUCCAAAGAGGAUCCUCAGUCUCACCAGUACUCAGGAGGUGCCUGGCUGCUGAGCAGAGGUGAGGAGAAACCUCCUGUGGAAGAGCCUGCAGACCUGGAGCCAGCGCAGACUUCCCCAGGGAGUUUGGGCGAGAUGGACUCCCUGAGACCUGAGAAGGAGCCACGGCAUAAGAGUCAGGGAAAGCCCCGAAAGCAGAAGGAGAAUGUAGCGGUGAACAAGCAACGUCAUAUCCACCCAGGGAGGAAGACACACCGCUGCAACAAGUGCAGGAAGAACUUCAGCUGCGUGCAAGACCUGUCCCAGCACCAGUAUGUGCAGAGUGGGGAGCAGCCAUACCUUUGCACCAGGUGUGGGAAGAGCUUCAAUGCUGGCCAGGCACUUGUUCAUGCACACACGGGAGAAGCCACAUCAGUGCUCAGAGUGUGGGAAGCGCUUCAACCUGUCCUCCAUCCUGGCCAAACACCAGCUUAUCCACAAGAGGGAGAAGCCACAUCGGUGCUUAGAGUGCGGGGAGACUUCCACUCACCCCUCCAGCCUGACUCAGCACAAGCGUAUUCACACAGGGGAGAAGCCACAUCGGUGCCUGGAGUGUGGAAAGAGGUUCACCCAGUUCUUCAGCCUGGCCCGGCACCAGUUUAUACACGCAAGAAAGGAGCCACAUCAGUGAUCAGAGGGUGGGAAGAGCUUUAUGCAAUUCUCCCACCUCAUCCAGCACCAGCUCAUCCACACAGAAGAGAGGCCACAUCUAUGCUCCGGAUGUGUGAGGAGAUGAUCUUUGCAUCAGCCUCGGAGCCUGUGCCAUCCGCAUCCUUCUCUAAAAGCCAGUGCCUUCACAAUAGGUGCCCUCCCCAAGACAACUGUUUCCAAGUGAAACCCAGGGACUCUCCUUGGCCAACCCCAGUUUUGCCCUCCCUCCUAGUCCCAGGAUUCUGAUAUGUGAGGCUCCUGAUUUGCAGGAAGGAGGGCAUUUAUUGUCAGGGAAUCAUUCCCUGACCUCACCUUUCCUCCCCAUCACAUCACCCCUCUCCCAAGUCUGCACAUGCCCAUCGGGGUCUGCAAGAAGCUGCUGCUGCCAGCCCAUGAGUCCAGUUUGGCAAGUUUUGCUUCUCAUCCCCUCAUCACAACCACCCCGGCCCUCCUUCCCUGCAUCCCAUUCUCCAUAACAGAUUCCUUGCUAAUAAAGCCUCAUAACUUAACAUGA